GUAUAUGUCGGUGUUGUCAUUCGCGCUUUCUUCGGACUCACCCGUUUGACGAACCCACUGACUAGUUUUCUUUUACUCCGACAUGUCACCGCAACAGCUUUCAAAGAAGGUCAUAUACGACGUUGCGAAAUCGGUUUUCACAUAGCAACAACGCCUUGAAAAUCGAUACUAUGGCGGAGUUCUUUCGAAAUCCGCCACCAGGUCUUGAUUUGACCGAGUCACGUACUGCCACUGGAAGUACUGUUGGAAUCGCGCUAUUCGUUUUAGCGUCCAUCUUUGUUGGCUUAAGACUGCUUACGCGCUUACGUUUGAAACGUGAGCCGCUGGGACUGGAUGACUACCUUAUGUUCGUCGGUCUGGCGCUGAACGCCGCAAAUUUAGCGUGCGUUGUUGCUGGCGGACGGUACGGUCUCGGAAAGCACAUCUGGUCUCUGCAGCCAUAUCAUAUGCGAAAAAUUACUAUCAUCACGUUCAUAUACGUCUUCAUCUACACUUGGAGUGUCUGCGUUAUCAAGUUCUCUAUUCUCGCUCUCUACAGACGAAUCUUUGGCCUUACAUGGCUUGGCUACUUUUGCCUUGUGCUUACAAUCCUUUACUUAGUUAUCAACCACGUUGUUCUCCCUCUCUACACGCGCCCCUUAUCCUAUUACUGGGAACAAUGGUACGGUGCUUCAGGCGUGCUACUGGUCAAUGAAGCAAAGUUCUAUCUCGGCAUGGGCAUAAUAAACCUGUUUGGAGAUGUGUGCAUACUCGCCGUCCCCAUUUCGAGCGUACUGAAGCUUCAAAUGGAGCGCACGCAGAAAAUUGCCAUCUGCUUCAUGUUUUUACUUGGUAGCUUCGUGUGCUUUGCGUCUCUUUACCGCAUCAUCACUAUCUUACGUCUUGUUAGCUCGCGAGACAUCAGCUGGGCGAAAAGCGAUGUGUUUCUAUGGUCUAGCGUCGAGCCUUCCAUUGGUAUCAUCAGUGGCUGCCUACCUACGCUCCGCCCGCUCAUGAUGUAUAUUAUCGAAAACUGGUUCAGCUUUGUGCCGGUCGUCAGCAAAGGCUCAACAGACAGGAGCAAGAGCUCCCGCGACUUCACCCUCAACCCUCUCGAGACUAUCUCCAAGAAGCGCACGCGCAAGAUUAAGAAGCCCGAUCUCGAGAGUACAAACAUCACCAAUUUCACGCAGAUUGACGACGAGCUAGGGGUUGAUGCGCACGGCGCGGUAACGCACGUGGACAAGGAUGACAAGAAGAUAAGGGUCAGCGUGAGGAAAGAUCACGACAAGACGGGGAACUGGAGACCUGACGACGAUGAGAUGUGCUUGACUACGACGACUGUACACAGGAGUGCCAGCGGGGCAGGCAUGGAGGACGGGUCGAUAGAGAGUCUAGAUCGGGACGGAAUCAGGAUGACGACGAAGUUUGAAUGGGAUGAGGCACCGCAACACAGGCAUUGAACUUUACUGAAAGUUGUGUCUCUAGGAUAGUGCGGCAAUGCAGUUGCAUUAAUAACUCAUGAUAGGUAACUAGACUAAGGAUACCUGGGCAUGGGACCACGCCUGAUACGUAAUUGCGAUCAAGUAAUUCGCUUCCAGGAAGAUAUUUGACCAGCAACA